CUGCACGCCACCGCAGCCUCCAUGCUGCCAUGGUCUACAUCUCGUCCUGGCAGGAGUAUCAGGAGGCGGCGGAGGCUCUCUAUGAGAAAUCUCCAAACACAGCACGUUACUGCGUGAAAUGGAGGGCGGCGGAUGGGAAAUUGGUGCUUAAGAUCACAGACAAUACGACAGUGAGUAAAACGUUCGAUUCGCGUGCUUUCCUAUUGAUCAACCGCGUACGCAUUCAGUGCCUCAAAUUCAAGACCUCGUCCUCCGUCUUUCUCAACCGAUUUGAGGCCCUCAACCUCUCGCUCAUGCAGAAGAUGACGAAUCGACAAGCGAAGCUCAAGCCAGGGCCCUCGCAGAUCGACACACCCCAUACCGCUGAGCAGGACCGAUCCUCAACGCCCGUGCCGGGCACGUCUGGCGUUUCCUCGGGAGGGGUCAAGAAGAAGAAGCCGAAAAAGAAGAAGUAGGCUCGGUCUGCGUGGCUGUUGCCUCGACAUCUGGAUGUUAUGUUGGCUGUGCAAAAUCACUGCUGUCGCUCUUGCAUCUCAGCCACAACUAUAGAGUGCAAUUUGUAUCAGAUAGU